AAGGAAAUCAACAAAGAACCCGUCGACGAUGUUCAAGCUGAAAAAGUCCUCGAAGAAGGAGAAGGCAGCGCCUGCUCCGGCCGCUCCUGCGCCUGUGCCCGCGAAGAAGACUCCUGCUCCCGCUGCUCCUCCGCCUCGCGCUGCUCCUCCGCCCGUGGCAGCUGUUCCUCCUCCCGCUCCUCCGCCUACGCAAGCCCCGGCACCGACACCUGCCCCCGUCAAGACCGCUCCGCCGACGCAACCACCACCACCCACCACCGCCGACGCUGCCGACGAAGACGGCGCGAAGCCUGCGGAGAUUCUUAUCGAGGCCGCGCGGAGAAACAACGUCGAUCUGCUGCAAGAAGUGCUGGGAAUAGGCGCCGAUGGAUCCGCGCGUCCGGCUGCGACGGAUCUCAUCAACAAGUCCGUUGAUGCGCUGGGAAACACUGCGCUGCAUGUUGCUGCUCUGAAUGGAUCUUACGAGUGUUUGGAUGCGAUGCUCGACGUCGAAGGUGUCGAGGUCGAUCCCCGCAAUCGGAUGGAAGGCAACACCCCUCUGCACUGUGCCGUCAUCUACAGUGAAGAGGAGCCUGAACAUGCAAUUGCAAUUGUCGACAUGCUAAUCGAUGCAGGCUGCGAUCCACGGUCAGUGAUAUCUAUAAUUGCCUGAUUCUGAAUAUACUCUAAACUCUUCUUUUUCUUUAGGAUCCGAAACAAGAUGAAAGACAAACCGCUUGAUCUCGUUCCGUCUACCAACCCUGGACUCCGAAAAGCCCUACAAGGUGCAGAGAUGGCGACGAUGAUGGGUGCAAUUGGCGCUGCCGAAGAAGAGGGCCAAGA